AUGGGGGACACACAGAGUACACCAACAACACCACCACCAUCACCAACAACAACAACAAACCCACUUGAGAGUAUCCAAAGAGAAAAAGCAAACCUUGAAUCUCAAAUAUCGAAUUUACACUGUGAAUUGUCGAGGGUCCGAGCAGAAAAAGAAAACCUUGAAUCUCAAAUAUCGAAUUUAAGGCGUGAAUUGUCGAGUGUCCAAACAGAAGAAAGAAACCUUGAAGCUCAAAAUCUGAAGUUAAAAGAUGAAUUGUCUUUCACAAAAGAGAAGUUGGAGGAAACUGCAAAGAAAUUUGAAGGGCUUGAACUUGAUCACAAGAAAUUGCAAAAGCAGAGUGCCGAAGCAGAAAAGAGAUGUAACACUGAGCUUAAAGCAUUGCAAGAGGCAUUGCAAGCUCACGAAUUGAAGAGCAAAGAGCAUGUUAAGGUUAAGGUGGCAUUUGACAGACUUAGCCUCGAGUUUGAAAGCUCAAAGAAAAAGAUGGGAGAGCUUGAGAAAGAGCUGCUGACUUCUGCGAGUGAGGCCCGCAAGUUUGAGGAGUUGUACAAACAAAGUAGCUCACUUGCAGAAUCAGAGACAAAGAGGGCCUUGGAUUUUGAGAAGAAACUUGCAUCAAAAGAAGCUCGUAUAGAUGAAUUAAGCCAAGAGCUGGACAGGAGAAAAGCUUCUGAGUCUCAGUUAAAGGAGGAUAUUUCGGCUCUUGAUCUUCUAUUAUCAUCCAGUAAAGAAGAUCUUCGGGCUAAGUUAUCUGAGUUGGAAGACACAAAGUUGAAGCUUCAGAAGGAAGUAGGUUUAAAGGAAGAUAUUGAAGCUAAACUGAAAUCAUUGGAACAGCUUUACCGUGAAUCUGCAUAUGCCGUAACUACAGCUAACCAGAAAAAUGUUGAGCUUGAGGACAAGCUAAAAAUCGCCAAUACUGCUAUAGAAGAAGCAAAAUCGCAGUUUAAAGAAAUGGAGAAUCGCUGUGCUGCAGCUGAAGAAAGGAAUGUGGAGUUAGAACAGCAAAUAAUUCUGGCGGAACUGAAAAGCAAUGAUACGAAGAGGGAACUAGAGGAGUUCUCGGGGAAAGUUUCUGAACUAAAUGCCACCCUUCAGAAGACCCUGGAAGCAAGAAAAAGAUGGGAGAGCUUGAGAAGAUUGCAGGAGUACGAGGAGAAGAUUGCUCAUUUUGAUUCUGAGUUGGUCAGAUCAACUGGUCGUAAUUCAGAACUUGAAGCGGAGCUUAAAAGUGUUGCUGACAAGUGUGCUGAGCAUGAAGGUCGGGCCAACACCACCCAUCAACGCAACCGUGAAUUAGAGGACUUGAUGCUGGUAUCACACUCAAAAGUAGAGGAAACGAGCAAAAAGGUGAGUGAUUUGGAGCUAUUGCUCGAAACAGAGAAAUGUAGAAUUCAGGAGCUUGAAGAACAAAUAAGCACAUUAGAGAAGAAAUGUGUGGCGGCAGAAGCAGAAUCAAAGAAGCACUCUGACAGGGUAUCUGAGCUUGAAGCAGAAACCAAGGAGAAGGAGAAGGAAUUGAGUCAACGCCUGAACAGUGUGACAGAGGAGAAGAGUAACAUAGAGGAUGUGUACAGGAAUUCAAUUGAAAAACUAGCUGAAACAGAAAACUUGCUUGAGGUCCUGCGUAAUGAAUUGAAUGCCACACAACAGAAACUGGAAAGUAUUGAGAACAAUCUUAAUGCUGCUGGAUUGAGAGAGAGUGAGGUGAUGGAGAAGCUCAAAUCAGCAGAAGAGCAGCUAGAGCAACAAGGAAAUGUUUUGGAGCAAGCAACAGCUCGAAGCAUAGAGCUUGAGUCAUUGUAUGACACUCUGAAAAGGGAUUCCGAGCUCAAACUCGAAGAAGCAACUGGCAAAUUUGUUACCGGAGAUUCAGAGGCACAAACAUUGAAUGAGAAACUGAAGGCUCUUGAAGAUCAGCUAAAGAGUUACGAGGGGCAGAUUGGUAAACCUGCGGAAAGCUUUUCAGCUGUUAAGGAAGAACUGGAUCAGGUGUUGGUGAAGCUGGCUUCAUCUGAAACUGUCAAUGAGGACCUGAAAAAGAAAAUAUUGGAGGCAGAAGAUAAAGCUGCACACGUUUUAUCUGAAAACCAACAAUUGAUGGACACAAAUAUGCUUCUAAAGAACAGGGUAAGUGAUCUUGAAGAACUGUUAAACUCAGCCCAUGCAGAAAAGGACGCCAGUGUUCAGCAACUAGUUUCUCAUAUGAACACUAUCACAGAACUGUCAGAUCAGCAUUCCAGAGCCUCUGAACUUCAAUCAGCAACUGAAGCCCGCAUAUCAGAAACGGAGGCAAAGCUGCAGGAAGCCAUUCAAAAGUUCACCAACAAAGAGUCUGAAGGUAAAGAGUUAAUGGCUAAGCUACACUCUCUUGAAGCUCUGGUGAAAACAUAUGAAGAGCAGGCUCAUGAAACCGCUACUCUGGCUGAAACUCAAAAAAUGGAACUAGAACAAAGCCGUAAGAAUUUGACUGGGCUUGAAGGCAUUAACUCGCAGCUAAAGGGAGAAGUGGCCUCAAUUGGGUCUAAACUCAAUGAUUUAGAAGCCAAAGUGUCAGCUGUAUCUGCCGAGAAGAGUGAAGCAGUUGAAGAGCUUAAAUCCUCAAACCAGGUUAUAGACAACUUAAAAGAACAGCUUAGUUCUGAAGGACAGAAGUUACAACUUCAGGAGGAAAAUAACUUGCUCAAUGAAACGCAUCAAGCCUCUAAAAAGGAACUGCAAAGUGUCAUAGCACAUCUUGAAGAACAGUUGAAAGAAAUCAAGUCAAGUGAAGAUUCUCUGAAGAGUCAAUUAGAAGUUUUCCAGGCUGAGAUUCAUCAGAAGUCUGAAUUGCAAAGCCGCAUCAAGGAGCUUGAAGAUCACUUAGCUAGUGCUGAGGCGCAAGUGAAAAAAGAGAAAGAGGCUAUGUCCAAUAAGGGGAUGGAGCAGCAGGCAACUUUGAAGAGUUUAUCAGAGGAGCUGCAGGCCAAAAGCAAGGAAGUACUAGUUCUACAAAACCAAGUCAAGGAACUUGAGGAGAAAUUGCAGCAGGCUGAUGCUAUCAAGCAGAAGGAUAUUGGUGGCAGUAGUAGUGAUCGAAAGGAUGACGUAGAGGUGAAAUCUAGGGACAUAGACAUUGGACAAAUGCUCUCUACUCCAACGAAGCCAAAGAGCAAGAAGAAGUCGGAAGUCUCUUCAACUCAACCAUCCUCCAGUGAAUCACAAGUUCAACACGUCGAAGGUCCUGCUGCCAUUCCCCUGAAAUUUAUUUUGGGGGUUGCUCUAAUUUCUGUGAUCCUGGGAAUAAUUCUUGGUGUGAGGAAAUAUUUUGCACAUAUGUAGAGGAUCUACAGGAUAAUAGCGGAUCUACAGGGCAUUAGCGGAUCUACAAGAUAUUAGCAUUUACUAUAAUAUAUCUUAAUUGAUUGUAUGUAUCCUAGGAUUUAUUACAUUUCCAUUCUUGUAUUGUAUUGUAUUGUAUUGUAUUGUUAUCGUGGUUGUACUAUAAAUAUAUGAACC